AUGAGCAGCUCAACCCCAACCCCGGGCCUGACCCCCGCACAACUCGACUUCUUCCACGAGAAUGGCUACCUCAUCGUGCCAGACGCGCUGCCGCCGUCGACGGUCUCGUCGCUGCUGGCCGAGACGUCGCGGCUCCUCGAUUCGCUGGACCUGUCGACACACCCUAUGACCAAGUUCCGCACGGGCGGCGAGGACGGCAAGGACCACGUCGGAGACGACUAUUUCCUCGGGUCGGGCGACAAGAUCCGCUUCUUCUUUGAGGAGGACGCCGUCGACGACGCCGGGAAGCUGAGCAAGGAGAAAUCCCGCGCCGUCAACAAGAUCGGCCACUACCUGCACGGGCUCAGCCCGCCCUUUGCCGCGCUGCUGGACCGCGACGGGGCCGCCGUCGCCAGGGCCCGCCCCGCCGCCGUCGCCCGGGACCUGGGCUUCCGCGACCCGCGCUGCCUGCAGAGCAUGGUCAUCUGCAAGCAGCCCGAGAUCGGCGGCGCCGUCCCGCCGCACCAGGACAGCACCUUCCUGUACACCAACCCGCCCUCGGCCGUCGGCUUCUGGUACGCCCUCGAGGACGCCACGCUCGAAAACGGCUGCCUCAGCUUCCUGCCCGGCUCGCACCGCUGGGCCCCCGUCGAGCGGCGCCUCGUCCGCUCCGGCGGCCCCGCCGGCGGCACCGAGAUGGUCGACAACGCCGGGCCAAGGUUCCCCGUCGGAGAGCAGUACGGCGAGGACAAGAAGCCUGCUGCUGCUGCUGCUGCUGAUUCUGAUGCUUACGUCUCUGGGGAGGUCAAGGCCGGGUCGUUGGUCUUGAUCCACGGCAACCUGCUGCACAAGAGCGAGAAGAACCUGAGCGACAAGGGCAGGAUAAUCUACACGUUUCAUGUGAUUGAGGGUCACGAUGCCGUCUACGACGAGAGGAACUGGCUUCAGCCGCCGGCCGAGGGCUUCACCAAGUUGUAA